AUGUCGUUCACAAUUGUUAGCUCAGACACAGCCAUACUCCUCACACGCACCUUCACGCAGCCUACCGAAAACGCCAGCUACUCCACGACCAAAGUAUCUCAUGAUUUCUUCGACAUAUCAGAGACAUUGUUCGCCGGUCUUUCGGUACUGAUUGGGUGUCUCGCUCUCAUCGUCGGACUUCUCCAACUGCGACGGUACCGCAAACGUCAUUCACUCCAAAGUCAGGACUGCGUAUUCGAGUUGGAGGCAGGAUAUUCUAGCGGAACACCUAGAGGAUAUGUUGAACUGGAGACGGAUGCGGCCUGA